AUGAGCACAGACAGUUAAAGAAAUUACGAUUUGUAUGAAAAGAUUGGUCCACUGUUGAGUAAUCUUAGCAGUAUCAAUAAUAAUUUCGAACAAUAAAAGAAGCAACUAAAUUCAUUGAAUUACUCAAUAGACAAAAUGAACAUUGAUAUAAAAAACAAAGAAAUGGAUUAAAAAAAUUUGUAAUGGCUAUAUUCUCUAUAAGAGAGAGAAAAUAAACUGUAAAUGGAAAUCUCUUAAAAUGAAGCUAAAAAGGCAUAAUUGGAAAAUCUGAAAAAAUAAAAUAUUUUCUAUGAAGAGUAGAUUAAAAUCUUAAAUAAUGAAAAUUAGAAAUUAAAAAUUGAAUAUUCAUAGAUAUAAUAAAAAAAUGAACAAUUAAUUAGUUAAUAAGAAAUUGCAUUAAAGGAAUCGAUAAAAUUAGUUAAUGAACAAUUCAUAAGUAGAAUAGUUCAGUUAGAAGCUUAAUUAUAAUUAAAAUAACAAAAUGAAGUUGAAACAAGUGUAAAAAUAGCUUAAUUUACAAAUUAAAUUAAAAUUUUAGAAUCAUAAAAGUAAAUUUUUUAAUAGGAAUGUGAUAAAUUUGAAAUAGUAAAGCAAACUUUAGAUAAAGAGAAGGAGAUGUAUAUUAAUGAAUUUCGAUUUCUAAAGGAAAACUACAUGAAAAUGAUUGAUAAAUUGCAAGAAGAAGUGCAUAAACUAAAGGUUUAGAAUCAUAGUUUGAAUGAAGACAAUAAAUCGUUGAAAUCAACUGUGGAAUAUUAUAAAAAUAGGUUUUAAGAUAUGAUGGAUUUGUAAGAAAUGGCUAGUUUAAAUUAGGAUAAUUCACUAUUAUCCUUAUUAAAAUCUAAAGGAAUGUAGAAUGUAACUAAGUAGGAUUUAGUAUAAGCAAGGGAUUAAGUAGCUUAAGAUAUGAUUUAUUAAAAAGGAUUCUAAUUUGGAAAUGCUUGGGAUGAAGUUAUGAAUGAUAUUAGUAAAUUAGCUUGAAUACUAAGCUUAAUAAAUAUAGAUAUAUA